AUUUGAUCGCACGAGACAAGGUCAAGCUAGCGGCUGUUCGAUGGCGGAUUUGGGACCGUGUCGUCUGCUUACUAAAGAAAUCUUCAGAACAAAUUUGCUGGAGUCAUUAAGCUAUGUGCUCACAGAUUGCGACGGUGUUUUGUGGGCGGACAAUGCCGCGAUCCCAGGGUCUCCUGAGGCACUGGCGGGGUUCAGGAAGUUGGGUAAAAAAGUAAUGUAUGUUACAAACAAUAGCACAAAGUCUAGGAUUGAGUACAUGGAAAAAUGCAAAAAGUUGCACUUUCAAGCAGAUAUGGACGAAUUCUUUUCUACGUCAUACUGUACGGCACUCUAUCUGAAAAAACUGAACUUUGAAGGAAACAUUUACCUCGUUGGUUCUCACGGUCUCAGACAGGAGCUCACUGAUGCUGGGUUUAAUUGCUCUCCUAUCGGGCCGGAUCCUGUCCCGGAUGACUGGAUGAACUGGGCUGUUAACAACAUGAAGCUCGAUCCUCAAGUGAAAGCCGUUGUGGUAGGAUUUGAUGCGCACUUCAACCUCACAAAGAUGCUGCGUGCAGCAAGUUACCUCGCAAACAAGGACUGCCUAUUUGUUGGUACUAAUACGGAUGAACAGUUUCCGUGUGGCAACAAGUCAAUUAUUAUACCUGGCACAGGCUGCAUCGUGCAAGCAGUAGCCACUGCUGCAAGCAGGAAGCCUAUCAUUGUUGGAAAACCCGAGCCCUUUAUGCCAGACUGCAUAAAGUACCGGUGGCCAGACUUGGACCCUGCAAAGACCAUCAUGAUAGGGGACAGGUCAAACACAGAUAUCCUGAUGGGAAAGCGUGCGGGCAUGAAGACGCUGCUGGUAGGUUCCGGUUGCGACAGCCUGGAUGCCGUGCGGAGAAACGUUGCGGAGAACCGCCUCGACAUGGUCCCCGACUUCUUUGUUCCGAAGUUGGGUGACGUUGUAGAGAUGAUGCCAUUUACAUAUUGCACGGGGCAGAACAAGCAGAACGGGUAUGCACCUGACAAGUGCAGACUCUUCCGUCUUUUCAACUGCUUCCUCCUUGGUGUCCUUGUCUGCCUUCACUUCCUGCAACAUCAGACGUGGCGAUUGGCUUGUGGCUUCUCGUGCCAGAAGAAAAAGAAAGUGAUGGCGGUGACCGAGGUGGGUUCUUGUCGUCUGAUGACAACGGAACUCGCUAGAAAAUUAUUCUUGGGAACUAUAAAAUAUGUAUUAACAGACUGUGACGGUGUGUUGUGGACAGAUCAUGUUGCGAUACCUGGAUCAAUUGAAGCCAUAGCACUGUUGAGAAAAUUAGGUAAAAAAAUCAGGUUUGUCACCAAUAAUAGUACCAGCUCAAGAAGCCAGUAUAUAGAAAAAUGCAAGAGACUACACAUGGAAGCAAAACCGGAAGAAUUCUUCAACACUUCAUACUGCACAAUGUUGUAUCUGAAGAAGAUACACUUUAAAGGGAACAUCUACUUAAUAGGGAACACCGGUCUCUAUGCUGAGCUCACAGCAGCAGGGUUUAAAUGCACAGAACCUGGACCUGACCCCAUCCCGCCACACUGGAGAGAGUGGACAGUACAGGAGAUGAAGCUGGACCCCGAGGUAAAGGCCGUAGUGGUGGGCUUUGAUGAACACUUCAGCAUGACCAAGAUUAUUCGAGGAGCGAGCUACCUCCGCAGGAAAGACUGUCUCUUCGUGUGCACGAAUUCGGACGAGCAACAUCCCUGUGGCAGCGCCAGUGUUGUGGUUCCUGAGACUGGUUGUAUAGUACAGGCUAUGGCUACGGUAUCUGGAAGGACUCCGACUGUCCUUGGCAAGCCUGAACCUUUCAUUGCUGAGUGUAUCAGAUAUCAAUGUCCAGAUCUGGACCCUUCAAGGACAGUCAUGAUAGGGGACAGGAUGAACACGGAUAUUCUCAUGGGGAAGAGGGCUGGCCUGACAACCAUCCUGGUAGGAACUGGUAUAGAAAAUUUGGAGAGCAUACGACACAAUGUACAAGAUGGAAAGAAGGAUCUCAUUCCAGACUACUACCUACCAAAGCUUGGUGACCUUUUGGACAUGCUCAAGUGAUAAGGCAGCUGGCCUGUAUUAUUCACUUAAAUAAAAAGGAAGCUAGUCAGUACACUGUUAGGGAAUGAAAUGUGAUGUACUAAGGUAUUCCGCUUGCUUGCUAUUUAUUACUUACUGUUGUAUGUGUAGCAAAUAAAUAUCUGUUAUAUGGAACACA